AUGAUGCAGGGGAGCUACGGCUGCGGCGGGGCGGCGUCACGGGACCCCAAGCCACGGCUGCGGUGGACGCCGGAACUCCACCAGCGCUUCGUCGACGCCGUCACCAAGCUCGGCGGCCCGGACAAAGCAGCACCCAAGUCAGUGCUCAGAUUGAUGGGCAUAAAAGGCCUCACUCUUUACCAUCUAAAAAGCCACCUCCAGAAGUAUAGACUGGGAAUACAGGGCAAGAAAAGCACAGGCUUGGAACUUGCCAGUGGCGGACUUUUCUCACAAGGCCUCAGUUCAACCACAGCGCAUCCUCCAAGUGUUCCUGCUGAAGGAAAGAACACGAGAGAAAUAGCACUUAGCGAUGCACUAAGGUAUCAAAUUCGAGUCCAAAGGAAACUACAAGAACAAAUUGAGGUGCAAAAGAAGCUGCAGAUGCGAAUUGAGGCCCAAGGGAAGUACUUAAAGACAAUACUAGAGAAAGCUCAGACAAAUAUUUCCUUGGACAAUGCAACUCAAGUAUGCAAAGAAAAUAGGGAGCAAUUGGUGAAAGCUUUGUCGGAUGACAAAGAUAAAGAUAAUCUAGGCUUUCAUCUGUACCAUGUAGGAAGUCAGGAGGCUAAGGAAGUCAAGUGCACACCAAAAACUGAAGACUCGCUCCUACUAGACUUAAAUAUUAAAGGAGGAUAUGACUCUCUUCUAGAGGAACGCAAGCAUGUGAACUAG